AUCGCCAUCAUGGUCUUCGUCUUCGGCACCCAUUUCGCUGAAUCCCAGCUCGUCGCGCGCUCGCUGCAAUCCUUCUACGGCAUCGGGCCCAAUGUCUGCACACGCCUCAUGGCACGAUUCCACAUCCACAAGACCGCCAAAAUCGGAACAUUACAAGACCGGCAACUAAAUGAGCUCGCGACCGAAUUGAGCACGAUGACGUUGGAGAACGAUUUGCGCAGGCAACUGCAUGAGAACAUCAGACGGCUGAGGGAUAUGGGCUCAUACCGCGGGAGAAGACAUGCUAUGGGACUGCCAGUGAGAGGACAACGGACGAGGACACAGAUCAUGACUGCACGAAAGUUGAACAAGGUGGAACGGAGAGGGUGAGGGUGUUUCGGAUAUUGGUUUUGAUCAAAGGCAUAGCGAUGGCGUUGGGAAGAGAGAAGGGCUGCACUCUGCGCAAGCGCACGGUGUAAGAAUAUGGUUGUACAAAGAUGUCCACACGAGAAACUGGAACGAAGCGCUACUCUGAAGGCCAGUUCAAGAAGCGCUCCACAGCGGCCAGAGCAAUGAAACCAGAUCAGUUCCGAUUCAUGGGCUCGGGCAGACAUUUUGCAUGCUUUCAAAGCGGAUGACUACAGCACCAAAGCGU